GCGAACAAAACAGCAUUCAGUAUUUGGCGUUCGUUGUGUUCUGUAGUCCGACGAAUUUUAUUAAUUUUAAAAAGUUUUGUUUAGUGGCGGUGACAAAUAAAUUCGAAAACUAUGAAAAGUGAAAUGUAUCUUAGUUGGUAGUAACUGAGUUGAAAUGGAUACGUGAACGUGAAAUAGUGUUAAAUUAGACUUUUAUUGGGUGUCCUGUUGCUGGAACCGUCCGAGCUUUACAAAACAGAAAUAAAUCUAAAUCAUGAUGCUGUGGGCGCUAGUUGUACUAGCCGUGUGCGCCGGUGCGCGGGCGCAGCCCGCGGCCUGCGUCGACGACUCGCAGUGUUCCAGUGGCUACUACUGUGUGACGGACUUGCAUGCGUGUCACGAGUGUCUGCAAUGCAGAGACCUUAACAGAGAAGAUCCAAAACCAUCAGUAUCCUGCAUCCGAUCGGUUGUCGAAUGCGGACCUUGCAUGAAGGGGUUGGUGUUGGACCGCGGCGGCGAGGGUGCUUCGUGCACGGAGCCCUCCGCGGAGGGAGAGGAGCUGCCCAUCUACGUGUGGGCGGUGGUCGCCAUACUCGUCCUCGCCUGCGCACUCGUCGCCUUCGGAGCCAUCAUCUUCAUACUCCGGCGCACGGACACAUUCAAGGUUCUAGCCUGUACACGCACGUCGGUGCAGGCGCCGGUGUCCAACGGGGUCCCGCCGAGUGCGCCGCCGCCGUACAACUACAGCGCUGAGUACGCUCCCGUGCGACCCAGCUCGCCUCACGACCUCCCCGCUGUCUACCCUGAAGACCCGUCGCUGCCGCUGGUGAAGCGUGCGCCGACGCCGGGCGGGCGCGGCGACGCGCGCGAGGCGGCCGCCAGCCAGGCCGCGCAGGUGUUCAACAACCCCGCCUACGUCAGGAACGCGCAGCCGCCGCCCAGUUACGACUCAGCACUCAGUGAGGAGUCCGACCACGAGGCGCCGUUCGUGCCGCAGGACGAGGACACCAUGCCGAGCCCGUGGACGCCGGGCCCUUCGAACAGUAACACCGACAAUAAUGGAAAUAGCAGUGCAGUGGCGCUGUCGGGCGGCGGCGACGUGGAGGCGGCGGCGGCGGCGGCGGGGGGAGGGCUGCGGCGCCCCGCGCGGCCCGCCGCGCUGCAGCCCCCCGCCAAGGUGCUGUGCGUCAGGGAGGACUCGAAUAACAACAGGAACCCUCACAGCAGCGGCGAGAGCAGCAGCUCGGCCCCCGCCGCCCCCGCAGCGCCCUCUGUCGUCAUCAACGUGCUCAACGUCAACUCCGUGCACCAGCUCAAUGACGUCACACUCUAGUCCCCAGUACUGCCAACCCCCCCGUGUUUGCAACUACAUAUGACCGCUCACAACAUCCGGCCUCCGAGCAUUAUGUGCCAACAGUGAUGUAACGUUUCGUUUGUGCCUUUAUACUGUUCUGUUCCCACAUUGGGAAAAGAGUUAUGUAAAAAUGAGCGUUGUUACCUAGCCUUUAGGCAAAUAUGAUCGAAGUAAAAAAAAAACCAAGCAACCAGUAUCCUUACAGCUGAGUACAACAAAAACAGAAGGAGUAUAUAAAGCGAUGGUUGGUGGUAGCUGGCAGAGGAAGCUAGAAGCACUUACAUUGACCAAAUUGAAGAUGUACUUAGAAAAGGUUCAGUACGAUCUACUCUGAAACGGCGUGCGUGUAUCGAAGCAAGAGAAGUGUGUAAGGAUCGACGCAAAUUCCAUAGUCUAUGCUUACCCCGGCGUGCGUUUAUGUAAGUGCAACAGAAACGUUUCCACUUUGUGAAUAUUCCUCACGGCAUGUAAUUGGUCUAUAACGAAGGAAGACAGGCUCGAGCAUUAGGCUGCUCCACAACGGACGUCUGCCAGCAUAACAGCUUCGGAGAACACGAUGGAUCUCAAGUCGCGACACGGUUUGCUCAACGGACAACGAGAUUAAUGUUAAGCAUUUAUACGGUAUUUUUACAAUAGAAUAAUGUUAGUUAAUGGAGUGCUCAAAGAGUGAUAUUAGCUAUUCUUGAUGAGUCCAAACCUGCUAGUGAUGUGGCGGCAUAAUACUAAUAAUUUUGUGCAUUCAAGGCUUCGGCACUCGAGAAUCAGGUUAGAAACGCAGUUUUUUUGUGAUACAAGAAACUAUGAAGUGCGAAAUGUGAAGUGCUACAGACUCGACAUUGGACAUAGCUGGCGAAGAGUGAGAGUGACAUCGUAACGAAAACUUUGAGGGCUGAGUCAGACCAUAAUUCUGACUAGAUAUCAAGUGGAAUUUUCCGUCGCAAAAGUAUGGAACUGAAAAUAAUUAAAAAAAAACAAUCAUUUUCAUAAACUUGAUAUCAACUCAGAAUCAUCGCCUGAACCAUCCCCCUCAGUAUUCGUUUCGGUGUCACUAACACCCAUACCUACUUGUAUGUCUACCUGAAUGUACUUGUACGGGGUGUAAGUGACGUAACAAAUACUGUGGGGGAUGAUUCAGCUCAUUAUUCUGAGUUAAUAUCGAGUGGAAUUUUCCGUCGUAAAAGUAUAGAAUUCAAAUUUUUUUUUUAUUCUUAUUUUUAACGAGGCUUUGAACACCCUGUGUGAUCAUGCCAGCCUCAUAGGUGCUUUCGUGUACCUAUCCCUUAGACAAGGGAUUGGUCAACCAGAUAGUAUAAACUAAAAGCCUUAUUUGAUAGUGGCUCUGCCAACCAGCAAUUGACUUCUCCGUUGCCAAGAGAAAUCACACCUUGAGAGCGAAAAACCUUUCUUCUCACGUCUAUAUUCCGGGCACAUUCCAACAAAACGUGGUAAAGGUCAGAAUUCAAAUUAAUAAAAAAACUAAAAAAGACAUGAAUAUUGAGACGGAAAAUUCCACUUGAUUGAACUCGGAAUCAUGGUCUGAUUCAUCUUCCCUCAGUAUUCGUUACGAUGUCACUAACACCGUGUAUACUAUACACCACUGCCUUCCCUUUCGAGGGUACCGGCGUGAUUGUCACACCAGCUUCUGGCCUGCUUUUGCUGUGCCGAAGCCUUUAUUGCUGUCUGAACGAAAUCUCGCGCAGUCGUCGCCGACGCGAACACAUUACGUCAUAUUUUGUUGUACUUGUCAUGUGUAUAUGUUCGAAUUCAAUGCCAAUGUUACUUAAUAUAGUGUAAAGUUUACGUAGAUAGUUUUAAUAAGAAGGCUUCGUCAUGUACUGAUGUUUAUUUUGGGCCAGCUGGUACGACGGGUGCGCCCGUUGCGUAUGUAUAGAAAGCACGAAUAUUAAUCUCUUUGAAAGUCGCGGCCUGGCGCAAGCGAGCCUCGUACUUUUGUACGGGGGUCUAAAAAAGUCAUUUGAGCAUUUUAUCUUAAAAAACAACUCUGCUAUUUGACAUUUGCGCACAUAAGAAUAAAUGCGUCAUGUUAAACAAAUGUCAAGUUGCAAUGUGGCCUUUUCAGACCGCUUGAAUAGUGUACCGUGCGCCCGCGUCCUACAGCGGCUGGCCUGAUGGCCUAGACACGUUGCAAUCGCUUGAGCAAUAGCGCUUAUUGCAACGCUUGGCAGAACAAAACCUAAGUUAAACUAAUUCAAAUUCCUACUAGUUUUGCACCCGUCAAUUUUUCACUUUGUUCUCCGAUCAUUUUGACACUGGCAGUUAUAAAAUGGUAGUACUCGGGCAACCACCAACCUAAUUCUAACACUAGCUCUAUCUCGUUUUUGCACUUAUUGUAAGUGAAGGACGGCACUAGUUUAAGAGCUGUCACAUUAAAAUAAAGUUAACUUUGUGUCCACCCGAAUAGGUACCAUUUCUGAACCUAAAAAAAUGAGUAUUUGACUGGGUCAAAGAUACAUUAUAAGUCAGUCUAGGAUGGUCAAAAUUCAUUCUCAUUUUACUUUUCGACUUAUUUUCGAAUAGUAACAAUAAUUACGACGUUUGAUUGCUUUUAUUGAUGACGUCACAGGACAAUAUUUCCAUACAAACUCCAAAGAAAAUUUCCGUUAUGACAUUUCGUAAAAGUAUCUCAUUUGACUAGGUUGUCAAGUAGCCUAUUAUUUGUUCGGCUAAGCGUUGCGUUAAACCGCUGGCGCUUAAGCGGUUGUAGCAUGUCCAUGCCAUCAGCAUCAACGCCUAUAGUCAUGAUGUCGUCUUCAGAGUGAAAUGCUAACUUGAGUGAUACGUGCUAGUUGUGUGCUAGGUUUUAUUAUUUAUUACUACCAUUACGUUUAUCAUGGGACCUGGCUGCACGUUUUUAAGUUAGUGUUUGACCGGUAAAUUGUAAUCCUGUGAAACCUCACAAAUACAGUAAUGUUAGCAAUGGUCAUUCCAGUGCACACCAUCCAAUUAUAUUUUAAGUGAUACCUGUCUUUUUCUUAUCCGACGAAAAGGAAAGGGACGGGUAAUCGACAGGCAUACAAUUUAGGGAACACACGUCAAUUAAAAAAAAAAAAAACCCGUCGAAAAUGUUAUAUUGGCCAAAAAACCGUCAGAAUUAGUUAACAACACACGUCAAUCGGGUUGCAUAUGAGUGAGAUGCCUAUUUUAUUCGCCCGGAUUAUUCAUCCAUUCAGUCAUUUAAUUUUAAAACUGUUGUCAAUCCUCCGUCCCUUUCCUUUUCCGCUGAUAAGAAAAUGACGGGUAUAACUUAAAAUAAAAUUAGGAGGUGUCUGCAGGAAUCGGGGCCAGUAUGCACGUAAGGUUUAGUUUCGCAUAAUAACUGAGAGUUUUAGUGAGUUCUAAGUAAAUCGGACGUUGAUGGCAGAAAAUUGAAAACUAUGUCUAGUUUUUUUUUUAUAAAGUCCAUAGUAUUGGUUGUUGAUUACAUAAGGAUCUAAGUAAAACUAGAUUUGAUUAAAGCCACAAAUGUAGAAGAAUAUACUUAACAGCUACUUAUCGUAAAUCAAUUUUUAGUUCUUAAUUAGUAAAUCGACUUUCAGAAUGUCUACGUCGAAAAGCGAAUUAUGAAUUUUUUAACAAGAAUUAUGGAAUCUGAUAAACAGAUCUGAAACAGAAAGGAAAGUUAAAUAUUUUAUGUUGCAGUAGUGUUUGCAGGUUGAGGUGGAAUGUUUUUCAUACAAAAGGUUUAUGCUUUUAAGAAAACCUAAGGAUAGCCAUAUUAUGUCUAAUAUUUUCGCUAAUUAAGAAAUCUAUUUUUAAAUUAUUUAAUUCACCUAGAGUUUUCCUAAGACGGAACAGAACUGUUUGUAUGUAAAACGCUCCGCCUUAUAAUUUACAAAGUAUAAACUGAGAACACAGUUAUGAAAUUUUUGAGAAAAAUGUCUUCCACAAAUUCAGAUUUUUAUCAUGAAAAGAAUGUUAAUGGGUAUUCGAAAAAGGUUGUCCAAUUUCCUGUGAUAGUUCCUUUUUACUACUCAUUCGUUAAAUGUUACUGUUAAAUUAUUGUUUUCUUUUUAAUUUACGCUCUAACAAAGAAAUUUUACAUUCUAAUGAUAUUUUAAAUAGAAAUGUUUAUUUAAAUUUAAAUAUUGCGAAAUUUUUCCAGUAAAACAGAUCACAAAUCAAUUUUAAUCAUCACAACACAAUGCUUGGUUCAGUUGUAAUUAGUUUAUUGUAACUUGUCACGUAAUUUACAAUGUAUUUAAUUACUUUUUUAAUAAUUAUGAAGAAUUUGCAUGCAGCUGAUGAGUGCUUAUGUUUUUUAUUGUUUUAAAAUAACGUUUUAGAAUAGUUUUAAUUGUUUCUGGAGUUUGUACGUUGCGCAAUAGUCACAGUAAUAACAAUAUUUUACGUUGAUAACUGAUAUUUGAUGGGCAUCUUUACGCAUAAUUAUUACAAUAUUCAGGACAUUAACGUUAGCAUAAACUAGUGUGUAUUGUAUCGAACCAAAUCAAGUGCCUUAACAGGCUGUGAUGCACUUGUUAUAUCGCAGUUGUGUUGUUGAUACUUUUAAGUAUGUACCUUAUUAUUAUUGUAAAAAACUUCCUUUUAGCGCAGUAGGUAAACACGUGUGAGACCCCUUAUUUCUAGUCACAGGUCAUAUAGAUGUUUAUGAACAAGUCACUGUUUGUAUAGGAGGAAUUUUUUUACAAAUAAAGCAAUUUAUUAUUUGAA